CUUCCUUUUUGCUACAUACUUCCUGCGAAUUUUUACCUAUAAUAUUAAACACAACUUAUUUAUAGUUUCUCGAAUUAUUGGAAGUUGGAGAGUACGAAGGCUUGUUAAAAUGCAGAGUCCUAAGGUGGAGACGCCAGCUCCGGUGAGCCGGUCCGGGGCCGGGGACAUUUCCGAGCGGGAGUUGUCCAGGGAACGAAGCACUAUGCAAACCACACCGCCUGCACGUCACCAACGCGCUCUGCACAAGAACAAACUGUUCUCGGUCCCAGUGAACAAGUUCACGACGCGCUGCCAACGCCAGAGCCCUAAUCUGGCUCGAAUCCGUUCCUGCCUCGAGGAGCUUCGCUCCACGCCCGUGAGGCCCGUCAAGAUAGGGCCCAAAGCGGUGUCUAUGGAGGACUUGACACCUACGAAGAGGAUAAAGCGAGAGAGCACUAUCAGCAAGGAGAUACAGAAAUAUUCCCUGGGAGGAGCGGAGGAGCAGGCCGCGGCCCGGAUUGGUCGGUUCAUGCUGAUGUGCGCGUGGCGACGGCGGCGCGACGAAGUCCGGUGCCUUCGCAAGACGCUGGAGUUCCAGAUUUCAUGUUCCGAACGUCUCCGGAUCCAAGUGCACGCGUUGAAGAGUCUGCUGGACUCUGAUAAUGGCAAGGUCCGCCUCGCUAUGCGCGAGCUUGAGCGUCUCAAACAACUUCUGCGGGAUAAGGAGGCGGAGAAAAGCGUUUUAGAGAAGGAGAAGAACGCUUUGGAAAGAGAUUUGACUAACGCGGAAGAUCGAGCAUCAGAGAUGAGUAUCGGUUGGCGUAACUGCCGUAACGAGGUGGAAGGCGUCCGAGCCGCUGCCGCGGUGAGCGAGCAUGCUCUGUCGCUGGAACGCGCCGCCAGCGCCGAGGCGCGCUCUCAGCGUGAUCGAGCCUACGCAAGGCUAUCUCAACUGGAGGCAGAUUUAUCGCAGCAUGAGGCACUGCUGGCGGCGGCCGAGGCCGAAGCAGCAGCGCUCAGACGCGAGGCUGACGAGAAGCAAGCCCUACUGCAGCUCACCAGCGAGCAGCUAAAGCUGGAGAAAGAUGGUAGAGAGCGCUGUGCACGCGAUUGUUCAGCGCUGGCGGCGCGUGUGGCGCUAGCCGCGGACGAGACGAAUGAACUGAGGGGCGUGGUGAGCGAGCUACGCGCGGAGCUGGCCCGGCUUGACGCCGAGCUGCGUGUCACGCGUGAACAGCUGGCGUGGUGGCCACGUCCUCUAACAAGGAUGAUGGGCGCCGCGCGCUCCCUGCUGCGCUACCCGCUGUCUGUUCCCGAAGCCAUCGUGUGGGCGCUGGUGCCAGCACGACACGGCUGUUGAUCCUGCUUUUCUGCUGUAAGGGAGGUCCUUAAUCGUAUUAAUAAUAUCCAAGCUGAUAACAGCUCCAUUGAUAGCUGUGCACGUCUUACUGUGUACUUAGUGCCAUUUUUAAAUUCAUUCGAUGGGACAUAAUUAUGUAGAACAGCCAGUCCAUAGGACAUCUGAAUCUGUUGUGGAGUAGGCCGGGGUGAAUGGUAUCUACCGCGGAGAGAACGAACCAAAAAAGACUGGCGAUUUUUGUACCUUGAUAAUGAUAAUGUUAGAAUAUACAAUACCUACAUGUAAAACCUUAAAUACAGUUUUAGCUAAACCCAGAAGAAAAUUAUCAAAGAGAAAGGUGAGUAAGAAACUUGUACUUGUUAAUUAUUACUACUUAAAUGUUAAUUCGUUAUUUCGCGGGUUAUGUUUACACGUAUUUUGUAAGAUUUUUCAGACAAGAUUUGUUGGUAGGUUUUAUUAUUACUGAAAUAUUUGUAAGUAUUUAAAUGAUGUAAUUUAUUGAAUAUAACUCUAAUU